GAGAUUUCCAGCCCGCUCUUCCGCAGUGUUCAGGGGUUUGGGCGGAAAUUAUAAGAAUAACUUCCGGUGCCUGAGUGGGUGUACCUUCCAGGAAGUUCGUAGGAAUACAGCUACUUCCGGGUACCGGGCCGGUUACAGCGCGUAUCCUCGGGACUCCGACACAAUGGCCGACCCCAGCAGACCCCAGAGGAAGAUGUCCCGCUCAGGAACCUCCCUGUACACUGUGUUGGGGCUGCACAAAGGGGCCUCCCCGGAUGAUAUAAAGAAAGCUUACAGAAAGCUGGCGCUGAAAUAUCACCCCGACAAGAACCCGGAUAACCCGGAGGCAGCGGAGAAGUUUAAGGAGAUAAACAGCGCCCACUCCACUCUGAGUGAUGAGAACAGGAGGAAGAUCUACGAUGAAUACGGCUCUAUGGGACUCUAUGUGGCUGAGCAGUUUGGGGAUGAGAGUGUCAAAUAUUAUUUCCUCAUGUCCAAGUGUUGGUUCAAGGCGCUGCUGGUCUGUUGCUUCUUCUCCUCCUGUUGUUGUUGCUGCUGUUGUUGUCUGUUCUGCUGCGGCCGCUGUAAGCCCCCCGAGGAGGAGGAUUCCUAUAAAUCUGUCAAUCCCGAAGAUCUGGAAGCUCAGAUACAAGCAGAAGAUGGUGCUGAUACUAUCCGGGUGCAGCCGUCUGCUGCUCCAACUAUUCACCCACAGGCCCCACAGCAAAACUCCUAACAGAUGUCUCUGAUGAUUAACCCCGUAGCAGCUGCGUUGGAUACAUUUGCACCCACAGAGCCAGCGGUUGCGGGGGGAAGUACAGGGGUGCUGUUAUAUACCCGUGCCACCAUCUGCCAAUGACUCGUUGGACUCUAAUGGAAGGGAUUGCCCCACGCGUUCCAUGCCAGCGCUGAGUCACUGAUGUGGGGGCACCAGGACAUUUGCAUUAGACCAAAGACUCCCCUGUGUAUUAGUUUGUCCCUCUCACUGAUUCCUUGUGCUGCUCCACUUCACUGUGUCCCCCUGGCACUGACCAUCCGUUUGGAGCUGGUGGCCACUAUUUGCCCAUUAUGCUGCAGCCAUGAUUGUACUGACCUUCUCUUUCAAUGUGUUGCUGGGUCCCAAGCAAGAUUUCUACCCCUGUGUAGGUGGAAAGACCCAGCCAAGCUCAGACUGAGUGGCCACUCCCCAUUCCAAAGGACUGGUAGCCCCGCCCAUGCGGAGAAUCCCCUCCCCUGCGGAGUCUACAAUGUGAAUAGCUGUUCAUAGGCCACUUUUUAUUGUUUUAAAACUUUGUACAUAGGUGUGUGGGGCAUGUAAAUGGCAAACGGACUGUGGCUAGCACUAGCCCUCUGCACUUGUUCACCACUGGCAAAUAAGAAGUGUGUGGCAGUCGCUGCACUCUGAUACACUGUCAUUCCCAUGGGCACCCAAAGCACAAGCAGCACAUUAUGUUACAAUCAAUACUCACAAUACUCACGCCUCCCCUUCUGUCUCUGUGUAUCAAUGGGCCAAUCACAGAGCCCGGGAAUUGGACUCCCCAACAUUUAUAUGUAGAGCCCAGUCCCUACGACACUAUAACGUCUCACUCACAACCUGCCUCCACUAUAUAUAUUCAUAUAAUGACUUACAUUAGCACCAAUCAGAACCCACGACUUGUCAAUGCUUAGUGUUACACAACUGUGAGUAGAGCCCAGUCCCCAGCCAGUUCACAAUAGAGCCCUGUCCCUUUUAAAGGGAUUGUUUACCUUUAAUUUAACUGUUAGUAGGAUGUAGAGAGGGAUAUUCUGAGACAAUUUGCAAUUGGUUUUCAUUUUUUAUUAUUUGUGGUUUUUGACUUAUUUAGCUUUUUAUUCAGCAGCUCUCCAGUUUGCAAUUUCAGCCGUCUGGUUGCUGGGGUCCAAAUUCCCCUAGCAACCAUACAUUGAUUUGAAUAAGAGACUGGAAUAUGAAAAGGAGAGGCCUGAAUAGAAAGAGGAGGAAUAAAAAGUAACAAUAACAAUACAUUUGUAGCCUUACAGAGACUUUGUUUUUUAGAUGGGGUCAGUGACCCCCUUUUGAAAGCUAGAAUGAAAAAAAAAAAGAACAGAAAAAAUGAAGGCCAAUUGAAUAUUGUUUAGAAUCGGCCAUUCAAUAAAAUGAUUAAAGGCAAAACCACCUGUUUGAUGUGUGCCCAGUAGAGCCCAGUGCCCCUGCAAAGCCUCGGAGCAGAGAAGAUAGAGCCAGGGGCAAAUCAUUAUGAGCUCAGGACUGUGAGUGGGGCAAUUGUGCCAGUAACAUAUUGUGCCCCGGCCAUAGUGACCUACCCCUCUCUCAUAGUCUCACUGUAAGUACAGUCUCACCUCUCUCUCAUAGUCUCACUGUAAGUACAGUCUCACCUCUCUCUCAUAGUCUCACUGUAAGUACAGUCUCACCCCUCUCUCAUAGUCUCACUGUAAGUACAGUCUCACCUCUCUCUCAUCAGUAGCUUUUGCCAUUUUACUCCGUUUCUCAGCAGCAUAGAGACGUCCCAUUAUAUUAUAUAUUGGCUUAAUAAAAUCUCUCCCAUGCC